GUGCGAGGUUAUUUUGGUCCAGCGUGGCUGAACUGAAGCUCAGUUAAAGUGUCGCUUCCUUCAUGAGCAGCAGGGCUGACUGAACCCCGCCAGCAUGUCCGUCUGCUCACCGUGAUAUUAAUCAGCCCACCAGCGCUCGCCCGAACCAGAACCAAGCCCAAGCCCGAACCCGAAGCAGGACACGGCGCUCACUGCGGGCGGUUGGUAUGCUCUUAAAGUGGUCCAGGAAUGCCCAAGGAGAAGUAUGAGCUGCCGGAUCAAAGGCGGAUGUACACAAUUAUGUCCAGUGAAGAAGCAGCAAGUGGGAAAAAAUCCUACUGGGCUGAGCUUGAAAUAAGUGGAAAAGUUCGGAGUCUAAGCUCAGCUCUGUGGUCUCUCACACACCUUACCGCUUUGCACCUCAGUGACAACUCACUGUCACGUAUCCCACCUGACAUUGCCAAGCUACACAACCUUGUGUACCUGGACCUGUCGUCCAAUAAGAUCAGGAGCCUGCCAGCAGAGCUUGGCACCUUGGUGUCUCUCAGGGAACUGCUUUUAAAUAACAACCAGUUGCGGGUUCUGCCUUUCGAAUUGGGGAAACUGUUUCAGUUACAAAUACUGGGGUUAAAAGGAAAUCCACUUGCACAAGAUCUUAUGAGUCUGUACCAGGAACCAGAUGGCACCCGUCGACUGCUGAACUAUCUUUUGGACAAUCUUGCUGGUGCUAUCAAACGCGUCUCAACAGAGCAACCACCGCCCAGGUCAUGGAUUGUACUGCAGGAGCCUGACCGGACCGGGCCUGCAGCCCUGUUCUCAGUAAUGUGCUACAAUGUGCUGUGUGAUAAGUACGCCACACGCCAGCUCUAUGGCUACUGUCCUCCCUGGGCCCUCAACUGGGAGUACAGGAAGAAGUCCAUUAUGCAGGAGAUCCUAAGCUGCAAUGCUGACAUCAUCAGCUUACAGGAAGUGGAGACAGAGCAGUAUUAUAAAUUCUUCCUGGUGGAGCUGAAAGGGCAGGGAUAUGAUGGAUUCUUCAGCCCAAAGUCCCGAGCUAGAACCAUGUCUGAAUCGGACAGGAAACAUGUGGAUGGAUGUGCAAUAUUCUACAAAACUGAGAAGUUUACCGUGGUGCAGAAGCACACAGUGGAGUUCAACCAGCUUGCCAUGGCGAACUCUGAGGGCUCAGAAGCCAUGCUGAAUCGGGUUAUGACCAAGGACAACAUCGGUGUGGCGGUGCUGCUGGAGCUGCGCAGAGAAAUGAUGGAGAUUACAUCUGGCAAGUCUCUUCAUGGCAUGGAGAAACAGCUCCUCCUGGUGGCCAACGCUCACAUGCACUGGGACCCUGAGUAUUCGGACGUAAAGCUAGUGCAGACCAUGAUGUUCCUCUCAGAAGUGAAGAACAUUGUAGACAAAGCCUCACGCAGCCUCAAACUCUCCUCAGUGUCUGGAGAAACCAACGCCAUUCCUCUGGUGCUUUGUGCUGAUCUCAACUCUCUGCCUGACUCAGGUGUGGUGGAAUUCCUGAGCUCAGGUGGUGUGGACUGCACGCACAAAGACUUCAAGGAGCUGCUCUACAGCGACAGUUUAACCAACUUUAACUGCAACGGCAAGAACGGCUCGUCUAACAGCAGGAUAACGCACGGAUUCAAGCUAAAGAGUGCCUACGAGAACGGGAUCAUGCCUUACACCAACUAUACCUUUGAUUUCAAGGGUAUCAUCGAUUACAUCUUCCACUCUGAGCCCCAGCUUAACGUGUUGGGGGUCCUGGGACCCCUGGACCCUGACUGGCUUCUGGAAAACAGUAUCACUGGCUGUCCACACCCCAGCAUCCCUUCCGAUCACUUCUCCCUGUUUGCACAACUGGAGCUGGCCCUGCCUCACCUCCCACCAAUCAAUGGGGUGCACUUGCCUGGUCGCAGGUAGUGAGACCUCCUGGCCACUGUGGGCGCUGCAGAGUCCCACCUGUGACAUGCUUUUACUGUUUUGUUCGUUUUUUUUUGUUUUUUUUUCCUUCUGGAACCUUACUGAAAACGACAGAACCUCUCUAAACUACACAAAUUCCUGUUUUGUCAUUUUGUUCUCUGCACUUUUCUGUUUUGUUCAGUUUCCUUUUUUUAUUAUAUUCUUUAGUCCUGUUUAGUCCUAAGUCAAUUUUGAUAAUAGGCGCUUUAUGAUGGCUUUAUUUUUUUUUCUCUGUUAUUCUAUCAAUCCUGGUUUUUAUUGUUGCGAAAUGCUUGGAUUUCUGCUAAAUCAGGCUCAUAAUUUCUCUCAGUACUUCUGUUUUGAAGGUGUAAAUCGCUUGUAGGGUUGUGGUUUUGUGACCGUGGCCUAUUCGUAUCGUUAGCACACAGAUGCACUGUGCUCCAUGAUGUGGUAAAAUGGUGAAACAGCGAAUGGUGACGCAUUCCUAAUGGUUUGGGCAGCAAUUGGAAGGGAAAGCAGAGGUUUAAUGCUAUUGAUACUAUCCUUAAUAAUCUAAAACCAGCAGUGAUUCGACAACCAAGUGCAUUUAAACCUCCUCUUUUUGGUUUGGACAUGGUUUAGAGACCAUUCAAAUACGCAUCUGAAGUAUUUGAUAAGCAAUAGCUUGCAGUUAGCAUACUGGAUUUAGCUUUUCGCAUGUGUCUCACAUGGAUUUUGGUGAAACUCCGCCCCUCAGCUCAUUUCCACCUCACAUUUUGAGUCUCUCUCGCUCUCUUUCUCUUUCUCUCUCACACAUACACUUACACAUGCAUAUAUGGAUGCCAGUCUUCAGAUGUUCUCCAGCCUUGGCAGCUGUUGGUGUGUGUAGUGCAGUGAGUGGUGCUGCAAUUAUUAUAUGAUUUUUAUUUUUUUUUUUCUUGAUAUUCACUCCUGAAUGGUGCAAUAUUCAACAGCAUAGUCCUGCAAGAUUUUUCGAAGCUAAAACACUGUGUCAAAUUGUCUUUAAACCAGAUUACUUGCUUAAAAUGAUUAAAACGCUUAAAACACUCCAACUCACUUAUCCGUAUAUUAGUCCCCCCUACUGGGAGUAAGUGCAGUUGGCUUAUUUGUAUUAAAAGUUAAACAUGAACCAAAUCGUUUGGGGAAUCCAGCAGCACUCCUUUCUGCACGUUUAUUUAUUUAAAUAUAUAUAUUGUUUUUAAUGCAUCUUUUCUCUCAGCGUUCCCUCUUUCUUUUUCGGUGUGACUGAGCUAUGCACCUGGAUUGUCUUUGUUUAAGAAAAAAAAGCAAAUAGAAAAAACACACAAAACAGGAUGUGACUUCACUGUGGAAUCGCCCACCUGGUGAAAAAGGAGGAGGAGGCGUGUCAUGUGGUUGGGUGGGUUAGUAGGCGUAGAUGAUUUAAUCUAAAUUGAACCAGCAUCCGUUCACUGUGUUGGGUGGAGGUGAGGUGUUUCUUUCUCCCAUUUUCUUUUCGUUUUUUUUUCCCCCCUCAGCCCCCGCCAUCUGCACCCUCACCUUCUGCAGUCCUGUAGCACUGUCUAAAUGGCCAGUGGUUAAACAACUGACCCACCCACCCAGCCAUAAAAUCACAUUGUCCUUGUGGGGUUUUCUCCCCUGACUGUUUUUACAAACGGAGAUAAAUAUAAUCUAUAUCUAUAUAUCUAUAUAUGAAUAUACACUUAACCUGUACUUGAUUGUAUAUGAGCCACAUGCAAAGAACCUUUUUAAUGUUUUUUUUUUCUUUUUGUACUAAGAAUAAAUUAUGAUCUAAAUUUAAAGGUAAAAAAAAGAUUGUAUUCUGUAAGUAUGACUGCGUUUUUAUCAAAAGGAAUCAAAAUGACCAGCUUCUAAAUAAUAAACAGAAAAAAAAAGAUGAAGAGGUUGUUCCAAGGUGACACUGCCACACUUUUUUGCACUCUCUUUAUUUUUUUGGUCCACUCAGCGUUUUUUAUUUUUUAUUCUGCGGUUUAAUCUUAAUCAUCUUAAUCAAUGAAUCAGUCAUUUAAUCCAUCCAUGCAGCGCAGCUGGGUGAUGGGCUAGGAGUAAAGGCCGUUUUCACAGCAAGCACGUUUUUUUGAACGGAAAAAUAUGUAUACGUUUUUUUUAAGGUAGUGAAACUUUCACACGGAGUCUGAAAAAAAAUCUGAAUCGUCUAAAAGAUUUUAAAAUUGAGGUCUGUACAUUUUCAGAUGUAGAAUUUCACUUCUGGCCUAAAUUCAUAAUUCUCUGUCUUGAAUCUAAUAGAUUUAAAUUUAUGGAUCUGUAGGAAGGGUAUAACAUAUUUUCGCUCCACCUAACGUAGAGAUUCUGCUCACAGUGUUUCACUUUGCUUGAUUCGAUUUCACUUUAACAGACUAUAUGAACACUACUGCCACGCUGUGCUGUGUAGAGAUCUAUGUCAGCAUCUGUGCCUCGGUGUACCUGUACCCUUAUCCUUGCACUACCAGUGAACACCUGUACAACCUCUCAUCCUGUUCAAAAAUACUGUUCAAAAUUCCUGCAACUUUAUUAUCAUUUUUUUUUUCUCGUUCUUGUUUUUCUAUUUUCAUUGUUAAAAAUCUCCUCCAGUGAAUAACCACAUGUUAGGGAUGCACUGAUACAACUGAUUCCAAUACAGAUGUCAGAUUUUCAAGUAUCAACAGAGUACCAGCUGAUGCCAACUUCGGAAUUAACUACAAUUUUGUAUUUGUUUUACUUUGGUAAAUGCCGUAUUCUGUAUCCUAAAUUAGAUAUAAUUUGCUUACAAAUUUAAAAAGCUUCAUGUUUAUGAAAAGCUAAUAAUAUUGGCCGAAUGCAGCGUCAGGAGCUGCUGCUGGCUCUAUGCUCUUUAUUGCCAGUAAAACAUUGGUACAGUAUCGGUACAACACUAACAUGAAAAUCAACUAUUUCUUCCUUUUAGGAAAAUCAUAUAUAUAUACAAACAAAUAGAAUUUUUUUUUUUUUUUUUUAACAUAAACUAACCAAAUGUCAUUUUUUUUCAUAAAAGCAUUUUAAUUGUAAAAGUAAAAAACUGAAUUCUCCAAAAAGUGAGAAAUGGUUGAUAUAUUUGUUUGGAAGGCUCGGUUUUGGGGUCACUGCUUUUUCAGCAUCAUGUUAUGUUGUAAAUUUUUUACUUAAAAAAAAACUACUGUACUACGCAACAAAUCAGGUCUGUAAUGUCUCACACAAAUGUAUUUUUAUUUUUUUUGUAGCUAUGAAUGCAUAAAUCCAUCUGUGGUAGUUUUUAAGAUCUUUCUUUUUCUCACUGUUUUCUAUCUGAAGCUCCACUCUGGAUAUGAUAGAUCUCUUGUUCAGUUUAAAGCAUGUUCUGGUAUAGACCUCUCUCUUUCUCACUGUCUAUUUCUGUACAAUCUACUCAAACCAAACCUGACUUUAUAUUAAUAAUCUUUUCUAGAGUUCUGUUGAUGUCUCUGUGAUUUCUAUAGUAUGGCCAUACUCUUUCCUGUGUAGUGCCACGUGGUGCAUUCUUCUAUGAAGCCAGUUCAGAUUUAGAUUUCCCUCUUAAAAUAACUUCCUUUUGUUGAAGUGGGAGAGGGACAGGGCUCGUCCUUUAUUUUCUUCUUGUUUUUCAGGGUUCUUGCCAUCUCUUUUCGUAAUGUUCUGAGCUUUCGGACCAAAAUCCAAUCUGUAAAUCAUUACCAUGAUCGUAAACGGCAGUGGGACGCAGGAUAUUCAAGGUCAAGCUUUCUAAUGCUUUUGUUUUUUUUUUGUUUCUUCUUUUUUUCUUUUAAAAAGAGAAAGUGGAUGAAAUGCAUGAGUUAGCACUUAAUCUAAUGAGGAGGUGAAUUCACAUCUUUUUGCUCCCACAAAGGCCAACUCGCUCACACCCUUUAGCUCCAAUUGGCCUUUCUCCACUAUGCAGCAGUAGGUAUUUUAAAGUGAUUUUUAACAGUGAAAAUAAAUCAGAACUCAGACAACUUUCCAGCACCGCACUUUUCUCUCUGUUAUUUUUCUUAUUCUGUAAAUCUCACCCUUUGCCCUGGUAAUGACCUUGAAUUGCUGAAGGUAUUGUAUUAGAUUUGAGUAGCUUUUUGUAAAGUGUGAAUAAAAUGUGUAUUGCAUAUUUCCUUUCUACAAAAGAAA